GUCCCUCACUUGAGUGUUUUAUAAGCUAUUGUCGACUUUGGUGGAAACCCAUCUAAAUGGGAGGAUACCUGGAGGACUGAGUCGGAUUCGGCAGUCGAGAAAAAUGUGGAUAAAACAGAGUGUUGCGCGCAGUCCGUCUGCUUUGAGGACAGGCAGCUGUGUGGGGCACCGGGUGUGGAUCCUGCUGGCCAUGACCCACCUCACCGUGGACUUCUCUGUGUGCAGCCCCCUCAGCCAGGGUCUGGGAAUCAAACUCACAUCUAAAUCCGUGCCUCGCUCACGACCUCGCUGGCAGCCACUCUGGGACAUGCCCAACAAGCUUCAUUGGAGAACAGUGAGCCCGUUGGCCCGCCGGCUUCUUAGUCCUAUCCCUCCACCCCUAGACAACAGUGCAGGGAUAGGGGCAAAAGUGAAGCAUCGGAGACCAGCACAUAAAGGACAAGCCAUGUGUAAGGAGUGCCGGUUAAGAUACUCUCAAAUGGAGACAGGUGAUCCUUUGGCUGUAAUAGCGGAAGCUCCAGCAGCUUUAUCCAGUGGGAGCAGAGGAGACACACUGAGGUUGCUACGUAGAGUCAGGAGGCAGCUCAAAUGGGACAGCUAUGACAAGUCUCAGGAGGGCCGGACUACCACGGUGGCCGGAUUUAUCGACUGGGGACCGACUGGGACAGAUAGCAUAGAUGAUGAUGGCAAACCGGAGCCUAACAUAACGCUGUCCACCAGGGUCUCAACAACCACAGUGGCCACAACCACUAGCACUACAACCAGGCUCUCCCAUAGGACGUUCACUGUGGUGACCACACCAGAGCCCAAGAGGCUAAGCACCACCAAGGCCACUGUCAGCUUCGGGGAGACUGUCAAACCACCAAAGCCAUAUGGGGACACACCAGGUUUGGCAGUUCACCAGAUAAUCACAAUCACUGUGUCUCUCAUUAUGGUUAUCGCAGCCUUGAUCACAACACUCGUCCUUAAAAACUGCUGUGCGCAGUCGGGGAAUGGCCGCCACAAUAGCCAUCAGCGCAAGAUCCACCAGCAGGAAGAAAGCUGCCAAAACCUGACAGACUUUACCCCAGCCCGGGUGCCCAGUAAGGUGGACAUAUUCACUGCCUACAAUGACAGCCUGCAGUGCUCACAUGAGUGCGUUCGGACUGCCGUGCCCAUCUACACUGAUGAGAUGAUCCAGCAGACGCCUGUCUACAAGACUGCUUACAACGGAAACAGGCCAUCCCCCACUGAAAGACAACUGAUUCCUGUGGCCUUUGUGUCAGAGAAAUGGUUCGAGAUCUCUUGUUGACAAGCUGAAGGCCUUGCUCACUUCCUGUGGGUGGAAGAGACUUCCUGAAUUCACGCUCUGGAUCCAGUUGGAAACAAGAAACACACAAAACAGCUUCUUUUUGUAAAAUAGCGUGAUC